CGCUAAUAGCCAUGGUACUGUGUAGGUUGUCAACUACGGGUUUGGUUACUGUUGCUGCUGCAAUGACAACAUCGGCUGUGGACGAUGAGGGUGAAUUUGGUCCUUUAAUUGUCAAGAUUUGAGUGCAUGCGUGCGCGCGUGCUGCGUGUGAGAGAGUGUGAGUAUGCAGGGACAGCCGCCGCAGCCUGCACCCACAAGCCUCCGCCAGGGACACGACGCCAGCCCGCUACAUGCCUCCCACUAGCCAGGACGCCCCCUGCUGGCCACGUCUCUGCCACCAUUUGUCUUCAUGAAGAUUCCUGACAUCGGUGAUGUGAUGAAUAAAUUUGAGGUCCUUGGGAUUGUAGGUGAAGGAGCCUAUGGUGUGGUCCUGAAGUGCAGGCACAAGGAGACAAAUGAAAUUGUGGCCAUUAAGAAGUUCAAGGACAGCGAAGAGAAUGAGGAGGUCAAGGAGACCACACUGCGGGAGCUUAAGAUGCUGCGCACCCUCAAGCAGGAGAACAUCGUGGAGCUGAAGGAGGCGUUCCGUAGGAGGGGCAAGCUCUACCUGGUCUUCGAAUAUGUGGAGAAGAACAUGUUGGAGCUGCUGGAGGAGCUGCCCAACGGUGCUCCACCCGAGAAAGUGCGAAACUACAUCUACCAGCUCAUCAAAGCCAUCCACUGGUGCCAUAAGAACGACAUCGUUCACAGGGACAUCAAGCCUGAAAAUCUCCUUAUCAGCUCUGAUGAUGUUCUCAAGCUCUGUGACUUCGGUUUCGCCCGCAACCUCUCCGAGGGAAGCAAUGCCAACUACACCGAGUAUGUGGCCACCAGGUGGUACCGUUCCCCAGAGCUGCUGCUGGGGGCCCCCUACGGGAAGGCGGUGGACAUGUGGUCGGUGGGAUGCAUCCUGGGGGAGCUCAGUGAUGGACAGCCCCUGUUCCCAGGAGAGAGCGAGAUUGACCAGCUGUACACCAUCCAGAAGGUUCUGGGGCCGCUGCCCCCUGAGCAGAUGAAACUCUUCUACAACAACCCCCGCUUCCACGGCCUGCGGUUCCCUGCUGUGAGUCACCCUCAGACCCUGGAGAGACGCUACCUGGGAAUCAUCAGCGGGUUGAUGCUGGACCUGAUGAAGAACCUCCUGCUGCUGGACCCUUCGGAGCGCUUUCUGACUGAGCAGAGCCUGAACCACCAUGUCUUCCAGACCCAGCGCCUCCUGGACCGCACCGGCCCCCCUUCGCCCAACCCAGUUCGCUCUUCCAAGAGGAAGUCCCACCAUGGCGAGAAUAACACGUCCACAAGGGGCCAUGGGGGCAAGAGCUCAGGCCACCACCGGUCCAACAGCAAGGACUGCUCCAGCCUACCCCGGCAUGAGGACCUGCACCACGGCAACGACGGCUUCCUUAAUGGCAACCUGCCCCCGCCAGCUAGCAUCAGCCCCACGCUGCACCCCAAGACCUACCAACACCAGUCGCUCAACCGCUCUGCCUCCUGCAGCAAGGACAUGGGCAACAACAACCUGCCCCAGCUGCUCAGCCCCAAGGAAGCAAAGGGCAAGAGCGAGUUUGACUUCAACGUGCCGUCCAAGGGCAGCGAUGGCCCGGCAGGUUCCAAGUAUCUGAAGUCCAACUCACGCUCGCAGCAGAACCGGCAGUCCUUCGUAGAGAGCAAGACGAGCACCCUCCAAGCCGGAGAGAAGCGCAGUCGGCACGGCUACGUGGAAUCCACACAUGGCUCCAUGCCUACCACCACCAAGAGCUCCGCCUCCUACUUGAACCUGUCCAAGAGCCACGGGGCGCUCAGCGAUGCCAAGUCCGUGGGCAACCUGAACGAAGCACGGCUGCACCCAGACGAGCCCGCCGGCCCACGCUACUUCCCCUCCAGCUGUGUGGACCUGGCGGCCCCCGGCAGCCCAUCGGGUCGCCAUGGCGACCGACCUGCCGUCAGCCCUUCGGGACGAGGCAACCCUCGCCUGGAGGGCGGCACCCUGGACUCCCGUCGCACAGCCACACGGCACAAAAACUCAGAGGAGCCCAAAACUCAAGAGCUGCUGGAUGGAGGGGGAUCUGGGGGUGGGGCUGGGGGCGGAGCCCACUCCCACUCACUCUCCGCUCCCCAGGAGUCCUUCCCUUAUGGCCUCGGCUACACCAGCCCCUUCUCGUCGCAACAGCGCCCCCACCGCCACUCUAUGUAUGUGCGCCGUGAACGACAGCGCCCCCAUGGGCCCGACCCAGGGCUGGCAGUGGGCCAGGGUGCACCCACCCGCGCCAGCAGCCUGCAGCUCCUCUCCCCCCAGGUGCAGCAUCGGACCCUCACCCGCCACUCCGGGGGCUCGUCCCGAGAGGACUGCACCAAUGACGUCAGCAGGAGCGAACCGACUCCCAAUGAGGCAAGCCACAUGCGACCCCCAAUUAAGGACUCCACACGGGACAACACCGCACCAUUUCACACACCGCGCCAAAAAAACGAGGUGGGCGCGUACCACGACCCACACCCUGAGGACGGCACCUCCUCCAAGGAGAACCGUAACAUCUACAGUGACUCCAUGCCCAGGCGGGUGGGAAGCUUCUACAGAGUGCCCUCCCCUCGGCCGGACAACUCCUUCCACGACAGCAGUGUCCAGAGCAGGGGACCCACUGCUGCUGCUGAGAGCGGUGCCAUGAACAACCACUCCAAGCGACAGACGACCUUCGACCCCUGGAGUAACUCAGAGACUAUGGCCAUGAAUCCUCCUGAACCUUCCAAGGGCAAGGAGAAGCAGGGCUUCUUCAAAGCAAUAAAGAAGAAGAAGAAGAAAUCUCAAACGACAGAAAUCGGCGAUGGAGGGAAUCCGUCCAUCAAGAAAUGUCUUUUCCCUUUAUUCAGUUCAAAGACUAAUGUAAAGCAUAGGUCUUCUGUGAAAGUGCCUCCCGCAGCCUCAUCCAUGCAGAUCUCCAGUGAUGGGCAGGAGCACAUGACCACUCAGAAGGCCGUCAGGUCCUCCACGCAACAGGGCAGCCGGCACCGGAACCGGGACCGAGACCGGGAGCGUGAGCGGGAGCGGGAACGAGAUCGAGACCGCGACAGAGAACGGGAGCGGGACCGAGAACGAGAGCGGGAGAGAGAACGAGAGAGAGAACGGGAAAGAGAGAGGGAAAGAGAGAGGGAAAGAGAGAGGGACAACGAGUGGCCUCCAGAGGACUUGACCGACCCUCCUGCUCAGAACCAGCCUCUCAAGUCCCUACGCAAGCUCCUGCACCUCACCCCCUCCCCCGCCAACCAUGCCCCCCCCUCUGAACUGCGCUUCCAGCCCCUGCCUAACCCACCCCCUAAGGUGGGGUUCGCCGAGGGCCGCAGCCACGCCGGUGCCAGUUCCGGGCCCCCAAAGGCCCGGCAAGGCGGAUACCCACUGCCGGGGCAGAUAGAGUCCAGCUGGCAUGCGUCGGCCCUGAGCCGUGGUGAAGGUGCCCCCUACGGAGACCAACUGACCACGAAAGGAGGGCAGAAUGGACACGGCUUCAGUCGGCCGCCUCGCUCACGGAUGCCAAACCUCAACGACCUAAAGGAGACCGCUUUGUAGAGAGUCCCCCCCCCCCUCCACCCCAACCGCAAACCCACCCCAUACUACCACCUCUACCAACCUCUGGCCUCUCUACAGCGCCCUCUGCUGCCUGAAAUCAGCAGUAACACACCCGGUGUUGGGAGUGUGGGGAACAGCUCAGCCCAUUGGCCAAAAGGGUCUGCUCUGUAAGUCAUAGGUUUUUUAAGCUUCCAUAUUUGAUAGAAUUUGUAAUAUUAUUUAUGAAAAGUAUACCUUUUUUUGUUUUGAAAUACAUACAUAUGGUUGAAAAAUAUGUAUAUGGUAAUUUAAAAAAAAGUAUAAGUGCAAGAGCUUUAGUUUCUACAGAAAAUAAAUAUAUUAACUUUCCUGCACAAUGAGUCUAUAUUUCAUUGAAAUUAUCUAGCUGUUUGUGUUGGAAGUAUAUAGAUUUUACAGUAUUACUCGAAUAUAUGCCAUUCUCUUUGCCGUUCUUUAGUUUACCCCCUGUAAUUGUGUGAACUAAACCCCAUGACUGCCUGCUGUUCUCUUACCCUGACCAGGCAAAGACUCACCAUUCUGGCUUAGUAACAGCUCCGUAUGACUUUUCCCUUAAUGUCUGGAUUGCGAUACGUUUUUUUGCUGCGAAGGUUCGUGCGCUAAAAUCCCAGAAGUACACCUUCUGUGCGACCGGCUGUGAGGAACAGAAGCCGAUUAGUGCAGUGCAUUGUGGAGGUGAGAAUGAAUGAUGUACAGGUGUACAUUUCCGGGUUAUGUGUUCGAAAGCGGAGGGUGUGCCGUGCUGGUCGUUUUAAGCAUGUUUAAAUCAUGACGUCUGAGGCAUCGUGAGACGCCUUUACCGGACGUGGGGUCAGACGAAUAAACACGGUACACUGAUCCCUGAACUUUCCUGCCUGUCCAGCUAAGGACAGAUAGACCCGUGUCGCCUCGCUUCGCUUCGCUUCGUUGGGGGAGGGAUCUGAGUUUCACUCCCCCUGCGCGUACUGCCGGACCAGCUGGUGUGCAGGGUGACCUUGCCGGGGGCUCUCCCGCACAGCCGGACACUUGGUACUGCUCUUUGGUGCUCCUGUCCGGAACGUCGCCCUUGUCCUUUUCAGUCCCCUGCAAUCAAACCCUUUCGCCAUUUAGAUUUUAUGGGAAUUGCGGUUUUUUUUUUUACCAAGUACGGGAUACAUACAAUAAAUGAUAAGAAAAACUUCAUAACAACCAUAUAAAAAAACUGCUAACCAAUGAAAAAAUAGCAAUACAUGAUUUAAGUAAUUAUGGGACCAUUAGCUUAGAGCUGGCGGUGUAGUGUUUGUAGGGUAACCCGGUGGUGUGCUGAACAGCCCUGGUCGCCUUCGAGACAUAUAACUUUACCAGAAACAAUGCCUAGGAGUCAGAUCUCCAGCCCCGUCUGGGUAAGAGAGCAUCCUUUAGGAUCCAGCCCCUUCAUUUCAAACAAAUGUGAUCUAUUUUAAUAUUUAUAAAUGUCUAGCAAAGAAACCAAUAAACAGAUCAGGUUAUAUUCUUCUGCACAAAGGCAAAACACUGUAAUUACACUGAGUUACGACCAAAAUCGGGUGCAUAAGGCCCUGCUUCGUCUCGCAAAAAAUAAAAUCUUACUUUAUAAACGCACAUUUCAUAAAUACACUAUGAUUUAUUUCCUGCUGCAUCUACUGGUUAACGCGCAUAAAAAACUUUAAAGCCCAUUUUCUCAGUUUCAGUCUCAGCGUAGUUACUGCGUUUUGCCUUUGGGGGCAAUAUUGAUGUGACACUUUAAGGAAGCUGUAUAAUCAGAAAAAUCGCACCGUUCCCCUUCAUUUUGUGUUUAAUACAUACACGGCCUGUUUUGACUAUCAGUAUGGGAGGUGGGGGGGUUUCUGUUAAUGCAGCGGAAUUGCGGUUACCAUGGACACCGGUCUUUUCUAUCGUAUGCGUGUUCCUGGUAUGUUGCGUAAUCGCUGUUUCUACUCUACAAUAAGUUCAUGCAUCAUUUUUUUUCUGGGAUGGUUAUUGUGUUGAGCAACACGCUGUAUUAUAUUAAUACCAAUGUGUGUGUGUUUUUUUUGGUAAUAUUUAUAAAACAAAAUGACUUUAUAUACAUUCUGCAACGAAACAUUAGUUAUGACGUUUUUGUUAGAAAUCACGCCAUCUUGAACUUGUAGCAUGGGUUCCAAAAAUUUUUGUUGCUGUGUUUUGGGGUUCAAGCACCAGCGGUUAUCGCAGGACUGUUGAGGUGGGGGGUAACAGUGAGCUUCUUCUUUGUAUCCGUCUGUUUUUUCUCCCAUCUAAAACUUCUGCAUGGCCAACUGGUGUGGUUUGCAAGGAAGGGCUUUUCUGCUGCACUUUUGCUUCUGCGUGUCAGACUCCCUCAGCGUAGCGUUCCCCCGUCGUUAUAUAGCGCCCUUAACGUGCACGGCGUGUUUGGCCCAGAUGAAACAAGAAGACUGGAGUAGAACAUACAAACGUUUAUGGCCUGACUUGCACGGUGCCUGUAUUUUAAGCAAUAACAUCAGAGUCAGCUGUAUGACACUCCCCUAACUAAGUCCCAUAUAUUUGUGACACUCCCUUAGAUAUACAGGGCAACCCCAGCUCCUUUUUCUUGUCUCCCCCCCCACCACACACACACACACGGAUGGAUGGAAAAAAAAGGAAUUGUUAGGCUGAAGCUAGGAGCUCAUUCAAUCUGAGUGCUCCCUUAGCUGAGACCAACAGUUACAUCACCCUCAGUGACUAUUUACGCCAUGUUUUAUGGUGUGUUCACAUCCCGUACAGUGGAGACCCACUGUGUAAUACAGCUUAUUCGCAGUGGCCUUUAGUUCCAGGCCUGAGGAGGCUCUCAUACACAGACGUCCAAACGUCCUGUAGAGCUGGGAGUGGGAGGGAGAGCAGCAUGCUACCCUGGAGUGGUGACGGAUGGCUGAUGUUUUUACCUGACGUGCAGCAGAGUUCUGUGACACACAUUCCAUCAGGCAGAUAGUCACAGGUUACGCAUGCAAACCAGCAAACUGCUAGUUGACUGUGGCAAAACUCAUCAAGUUAAAUACAGAACAGCAAGCAGAAAGUGAUGUUGGGUCUCUUAACCAUCGCCCUGGGUUACACCAGGUUAAUUACCAGUCAGCAGGGCCUGAUGCCUUUGGGUCUAAACGCACACCCCAAACCCCUCCCAGGUUGAUGUAAUAGCCUUAAUAAUAGCCAUUUAUUGUCCUUUCUGUUAAAAAACUGGAAUCCACGCAUUAAUGCCUUUCUGAACAGUUAUGGGUGAGUGUGUUGAGGGCAGGAUCUAUCCGACUCCGGCAGAUUUGUCUGUCCCACGUUUUACUCUCUGUUGUUCGCCUGGAAAGAGGGUGUCAAUAACUGCAUAUGCUUUUUCUUCCCGGAACAGUCCCACACCCCAGCACCAAUCCCAAAAUGCCUAGCACCCCUACCACCACCCCCUCACGCUCUCUAUUAAUGCAUCCUGCUCAUUUUGGAUUUAGGAUCAUCAUUCGAUUUUUUUUUUUAUUUCGACUCGCGCUGUUGUCCUGUGUAUAUGAGAGAAUGACGCUGCGAUAAAUAAUGAUGAAACACUAUAAAAGCGAUAUAUAUAUUUUUAUUUUGCAAAACGUAAUGAUGACACGCGCUGUGUGAAAGGUAAUUUCUUCUAUGUUGAUGGUGACGAUGACAGCUGGAGGAGAUCUGAACUAGACAAAUUUGUGUUACUUUCAUUUCACGUUUGUAGUGAGAGCGAGACUCGGGGCUCGACGUCAAUGGUGGGCGGAGCUACCGUGGUUGGUCUCGCCCAAUGGGAGCCAAUAAAUUAGCCAAUUGGAAUGGGAGCUGGUUAGACCUCUUGGUGAUUGACAGGGCAUAACACUCUCACCCACUAACCAUGAGGUCCAUAGCUAGCUUCCCCCAUCACAAAGUUAUUAUAUGAACUGCAUGUGCAGGAGUGUUACGGUAAAGAAUAAAUUAAAUAUUUAACCUAUCUAAUGCUAAAAUCUUGUGCAUUUCUGGGUUUUCAUUUUUUAUGUGUUUUCUUGACGGUCAUGGGUAAAUUCACCUUGUGCGAUUAGUGUCAGUUCAAAUUCGGCAAAAGGGGGCGGGACCGAGUGGGCGGAGUCGACCCGCCUGUGCAUCUGCUACAUCUCAGAUGGCAUCGAGUCUCCUCCCCCAUUAAGAUAUUUCGUUUAACACUCGGCCUCAGACUGCCACCUUAUUUAACAGAUUUUAUUAAAUAAGAAGGCACUUUGUGAAAUAAAAUGUUAAAACAACCCCCACCCCCAAGAAAGACUGGAAUUUGGAGAUUGACUCCGCUGAUGUAAGACUGACUGACAUUUCAAAGCCCUUUUGGUCGCACUGGCUCUAACCUUGGGCUAACAGCUUCUAUCGCUCUGAAUGUCGCCCUGAACACGCUUGUUAAUUUGCUGUUUUUCUGUCAGAUGUGUCCACUUGAUGUCUAGUCUGGUUAAUGUGUAUCUAACCUUGGCAUGUCUCUGUUGGGUCCUGUAAAUAUAACGAUCACCAUAUGAACCUGACCCCCCGCGACUGGCAUGGAAAUGGCUCAUUCUCACUAAGCACAUUGUGUUUUUGGAUGGAUCUUGCAAAACGUGUUAUUUAUUAAAAGAAAAUACAGGUUUUGCAUUUCAGAAA